AAAAUAGUUAACUUAUUACAAUUCAAAUGAAGGUAACAACUAAUAACUAAUGCAGGGAAAACCCAGUAAAUCCUGAUUAGAGUCAUUGAGCAUGUAGAGAGCAACCUCUAGUGUAAAACAUCUUUUGUGUCAUUACUGAUAAGGCAAGCUACCUCCGCACUUCUUUCACAUUUAGCUCUACUACAUCUUGAAUGGAAGCUAAAAAUCUCUUAAAAAUGAAUUAUAGCUACUAUUAUCAGAAGAAUAGAAGAAUGCCGAAGAAAGUAGUCAGAGCAGGCAUAAUAUCCAACCAGGCCUUGCCUCUGGCAACAAGACAGCUUGCUACUAAUCCUGAGACGCCUAGCCGCUGUAAAUGUGGCGUUAGUGUGAAAGCUCCUAGAAAUAUAGUGAACAUUAAACUUUUGACCUAA